AUGUUGCCUUUCCGCACAGCCGCUCGGACAUCCGUCCACAGGCGCGCCGCCAGCUCGGUGUCGUCCCCGCUGCGCGCCACCCUCUCCACUCCGGUUGCUGGACCCUCAAGGACAGCGAGGGAGUACAUUGCUCGCCACCAGCGCUCCUCCGUCGUUUCCCGAUCCCUGCACACGACUCCGGUAUGGGCCAAGGACAACAAGCGCUGGGUCAACUCCACGCUGAAGGAAGGCGAGGAGGAGCCCAAGGACGACAAGGAAGGCAAGGAGGUCAAGGAGGACGAGGCCAAAAAGGAGGUUGAGGAGGUCGUCGAGGAAGUGAAGGAGUCGGAGAAACGCGGGGACGAGUCCACGGCCAAGUCCACCACCGCCGCUCCAACUGACUCAUCCUCGAAGGACGCCGCCUCCGGCUCUUCCGGAUCGUCCUCUGGACCUUCCUCGCCCGGUCCCAAGGGCAAGGAGAUUGCCAAGCCCUCCAUCCCCGAAAGCUACCCCCAGGUCCUCGCCCUCCCCAUCACCCGCCGUCCCCUCUUCCCCGGCUUCUACAAGGCCGUCACCAUCACCUCCCCGCCCGUGAUCAAGGCUAUCCGCGAGCUGAUCGCGCACGGCCAGCCGUACAUCGGAGCCUUCCUGCUGAAGGACUCCGAGUCCGACUCGGACGUCAUCACCGACCUCGACCAGGUGCACCCUGUCGGAGUUUUCGCCCAGAUCACCAGCGUCUUCUCGUCGGCCGACCAGAAGCACCAGCAGCCCGCCGAGGGCGAGGAGGGCGAGCCCCGACCCGAGACCCUCACUGCUGUCCUGUACCCCCACCGCCGCAUUCGCAUCGAUGAGCUUGUGUCGCCCAUGACCGAUCAGCCUCCCGCGCCGGAGCCUGCCGUCGCCCCCGAGACCGCCACCGAGACUGCCGCCGAGGAGAAGAAGGACGAGCCCUCCGCCGCCGAGACGAUCGAGCCCUCAAAGUCCGAGGACGACGUCGCCAGCUUUGAGAAGGAGAUUCCGUCUGUGGAGGAGACUCGCGAGGCUCUCGCCGACGCCAAGGAGACCAAGGAGACCAAGGAGGACGAGACCGAGACCGUGGAGGCUGAGAAGCCUUCCGGCUCUCAGAUUGGAUUCCUCCACCCUCUCCUUCCCGAGAUUUCGCUCACCAACGUCUCGAAUCUCAACCUUCAGCCCUUUAAGAAGGACUCGCAGGUUGGAGCAAAGUGA